GGGAGAAGCAUGCAAGGGAGGAGCGUGACGCCCGCAUCAAGGAGGAGAUUGAGAAGGACAGCCGUCCUUUGUGCAGUGAGCUGUAACAGCCGGCACAAGUUGUUUGGGCUGAACGAGUGAAGCGCCGUCCUCGCUUCCACGGCCUCCGAGCCAAGAUGUCGUCACCAGGCGGCCGCCGCUCGGUCCGCACGGCAGCGGAUCCGCCCAUGGCGCCGGAGGAAGCGCUGAAGCAUCUGAAGGAGGGCAACAUGAGAUUUGUGAAGGGAGAGCCCCAGGCGACGCGGACCAACGAGGGCAUGCGAAACGCGUUAGUGGACAUGGGACAAGCGCCACACACGGCCAUCGUGGGCUGCGCCGACUCACGCGCGCCCUUGGAGACGAUCUUUGAUGCCAUGCCUGGCGAUGUGUUUGUGCUGCGCAACGCUGGCAAUACCUGCACUCACGCAGAAGGUAGCAUGGUGGGCAGCCUGGAAUUUUGCACGGGCAAAUUGGGCGCUCGCAUGAUUUUGGUCAUGGGCCAUACCAAGUGCGGCGCAGUCUAUGGUGCCACACAUGCUUACUUGGAGGCAAGGAAAAGUGAUGUGGUUAGUGUGAACUCAGCGCUUGAGGGCCUCUUGCUGGACUUGGCUCCCGUUGCUGAGAGGGCACUGAGCGACAUGGGCUCGAGCAGUGAUGCCGAAAGCGUCGCGGCCCACGCUGUGAAGGUGAACGUCUUCCACACCAUCGACUUCUUGCUGAGAUACAGCGAAUCCAUCCGUGACAAGGUGCGGAGUGGACAGGUGGAGAUCCAAGGUGGCCUCUACCACUUGGACACGGGAACCGUGGAGUUCAUGGGGCGAUCGCCUCGGCAGACGGAACUUUUGAGCUCCACCCACCGAGGGCUUCCUCCCUCCAUGACCCGGGAGGGCGGCCGCACCAGUGGCUAUGGCCCUGCGGCUCGAGGUAUGCACGGGGUGCGAACCGCAGCAGACAGUGCUGUAGCAGCAGAUGAAGCUUUGAAGAUGCUCCAGGCUGGAAACGAGCGCUUUGCAGUAGGGGCUCCAUUGGCCAAGAAUGCCACAGCAAAGAUGCGUGAGGCACUGGUGAGCCAUGGGCAGGCUCCGCACACGGCCAUUCUGGGCUGCGCAGAUUCCCGUGUGCCCGUGGACACUGUGUUUGAUGCCAUGCCGGGUGACUUGUUUGUGUUGAGGAACGCAGGAAACACAUGCACUCACGCAGAGGGUUCCAUGGUGGGCAGCCUGGAGUUUUGCUGCGGCAAGUUGGGAUCCAAGCUGAUUCUGGUGCUUGGUCACACGCAAUGCGGAGCCAUUGCUGGUGCCACCAAGACCCACCUUGCAAGCAAGGAAGGGGAUGCAUCCAAGAAUGCAGGCUGUGCACUUGAGGGACUCUUGAUGGGCUUGUCCCGUGUGGCAAAGCAGGCUGAAAAGGAGCUUGGUGUUGGUGCUGAAACUGACAAGUUGAUUGCCCAUGCCGUGAAGGUGAAUGUCUUCACUUCCAUUGACUUCCUGUUGAAGUACAGCGAGCCUCUGAGGCAGCUUGUGAAGAGUGGCAACCUGGAGAUCCAGGGUGGGGUCUACCAUCUUGAAACUGGCCGUGUGGAAUUCAUGGGUCGUUCACCAUGCCAGGCACAGUUGCUGGCCUCCGAUUCCAGCCUGCCACCAUCCCUGCAGGCUUUGCCAAUCCGGACCACGCUGCACGGCCCAAUGCCACACCAAGAGGCGCUGAAGCUUCUCAAAGAGGGCAACGACCGCUUUGCCGUGGGCGCAGCCAUUUCCGGCCGCAUCACUCCGGCCAUGAGGAAGGCGUUGGUGAAGGAGGGACAGGCACCGCACACCGCCAUCAUUGGCUGCGCGGACUCUCGUGCACCGUUAGAAACCGUGUUUGAUGCCAUGCCCGGAGACAUUUUCGUGCUGCGGAACGCGGGCAAUACCUGCACUCACGCAGAAGGCAGUAUGGUUGGUAGCUUGGAAUUCUGUUUGGGCGCCCUGCACACAAAGAUGGUGAUGGUUCUCGGCCACACUGCUUGUGGCGCCAUCAAGGGCGCUACGAAGACUUUUUUGGCAUCCAAGAUCCCCACCAAGACCAAGGCCGCCAAAGCCCUGGAUGCGCUGCUAGAAGGUCUCAGCGUGGUGGCUUCCUCUGCAGCCAGCCAACUUGGUCCAGAUGCCACGGAACAACAGAUCGCCACCUUGGCUGUCAAACUGAAUGUUUUCCAUACUAUUGACUUCCUUCUUCAGUACAGCCCUCUGAUUCGAAGAAAGGUCCAGGCUGGUGAGGUGGAGAUUCAGGGUGGCAUCUACGACCUCGAAACCGGCCGAGUAGAGUUCCUGGGUCAAAGCCCUGCACAAGCCGGUCUUGUCAAGUCGGAGGCGAAUUUGCCACCCUCGUUGACUAAGUGAGCUCAUUUCCGGUGUUUGAAACUGAAAGAAAGAAGCGUCCGGCUUCAUGUUCGAAGAAGACUUGGACAGCAUCCCAGCUGCCUAGAGUCCUAGAGCUUUGAUCUUCCAAGAGGAUUUUGGGCACAGCAAGGCAGACACCAAAUCUGAUUUUCUUUGAAGAUUCGUACGUUCAAAGUCCAGAUGCCUUUUGGAGGACAUUGUUUCACUGAAUUUGUUCCGCUGGAGGAGCAGCGGGCUUCCUUCGGGGCUACUGUAGGUCGAAGCAUUUUGCAGACAAGAGUGCUGCUGUUUAAGGUUUCGAAGCCAGCCUCUUUUGAAAAGCAGCUGGCAUUAUUCCGAGCCAAUUUUCAUUAAUUUUCUAGCUAUGCUUAGCUCCUGGCAUUCUGCCCUGGUGUUAUUCUCCAACAACAUCCAACAACAUCCCCAAGCUCUAUGCCUCAUGCUGUGGUAGACCGCCAGAAACUCGUGACACCUCGUGCGGACGAAAAGCAUGGUUCCAUGGUGGGCAGCUUGGAGUUCUGCACGGGCAAGUUGGGAGCACGCUUGAUUUUUGUGCUGGGCCACACCAAGUGCGGUGCUGUCUAUGGCGCCACCAACGCCUACAUCGAGGCCAAAAGGGCGGUCCCGGCUCAGCGCUUGAGGGCCUUUUGCUCGACUUGGCUCCUGUGGCCGACCAGGCCUUGAGAGACAGCAUGGAGACCGUGGCAGCACAUGCGGUGCGAGUGAACGUGUUCCACACGAUCAACUUCUUGCUGAAGUACAGUGCUCCUAUCCGUGAGAAGGUCCUCAGUGGACAGGUGGAGAUCCAAGGCGGCCUCUACCACUUGGACUCUGGAAAUGUGGAGUUCAUGGGGCGAUCUCCUCAGCAGGCAGAGCUGCUCAACUCUACCUUGCACAUCCCUCCUUCCAUGACAUCGGCGGGUGGCCGCAGCACCGGCUAUGGUCCACCAGCAAGAGGUGCACAUGGUGUCCGCACAGCAGCGGACGCUCCGGUCUCCGCUGAAGAAGCAUUGAACAUGCUCAAAGCCGGCAAUGAGCGCUUUGCCGUGGGUUCGCCAUGGACCAAGCAAGCCGGUGUGAAGAUGCGCGAGGCACUUGUGACCCACGGACAGGCUCCCCACACGGCCAUCAUGGGCUGUGCAGAUUCCCGUGUGCCCGUCGAUACUGUGUUUGAUGCCAUGCCGGGCGACUUGUUUGUGUUGAGGAACGCAGGCAACACAUGCACUCACGCAGAGGGUUCCAUGGUCGGCAGCCUGGAGUUCUGCUGUGGCAAGUUGGGAUCCAAGCUGAUUCUGGUGCUUGGUCACACAAAAUGUGGCGCCAUCGCCGGUGCCACCCAGACUUAUUUGGCAAGCAAGGAAGGAGGUGCCGCGCGGAAUGCAGGCAGUGCACUGGAGGGGCUUUUGAUGGGACUCUCAGGGGUGGCUGAGCAGGCCCACGAGGAGCUGGGCAUUGGAGUCGAGCCGGAGAAGUUGGUGUCUCACUCCGUGCGGGUGAACGUCUUCCGCUCCAUGGAGUUCCUGCUGCAGUUCAGCGAGCCUCUGAGACAACUGGUCAAAAGCGGCAGCCUGGAAAUUCAGGGUGGUAUCUAUCACCUCGAGACGGGUCGCGUGGAGUUCAUGGGUCGCUCGCCAAGGCAGGCAGAAUUGUUGGCUUCCCAGGUUCCUUUGCCGCCCUCGGUGCAAGGCUUGCACAUCCGCACCACUGCAGAUGGCUCAGUGCCACCGAAGGAAGCCUUGCAGAUCUUGAAGGAGGGCAACAAACGAUUUCUGUCAGGCGAGACUUUGUCCGGCAACGUGACCACUGGAAUGAGGAAGGCAUUGGUUGCCGAUGGCCAAGCACCUUUGGCCGCGAUUUUGGGUUGU